AUGACCCGAGAGACAUCUACAGAACCACCAAAGCCAUCCAAGCGGAAGGGUACUCGCAGCGUGUCGACACUCACGCCCACGCAACUUGCCCGGAAACGGGCCAAUGACCGGGAAGCCCAGCGCGCAAUCAGGCAACGCACAAAAGAGCACAUCGAGCGGCUGGAGAAGGAGUUGGAAGAGUACAAGAACCGACAUAGCCGGGACGAGACCAUCAACCAGCUCCAGAUGAGGAACCAUGCGCUGGAGAGAGAGGUGUUCAGUUUGCGCGAAGAACUCAAACGCUUCAAUCAUAAUAUGUUUUCACCACCCGGUAUAUCCCAGCCAUCAGCUCUUGCCUGUCCAUUUCGAGCUUCCAUUCUAACCACACCAGCCCCAGGCUUUGAGGCACCUGAUCUGCUACCCGCCGGUCACGCCGGCAUUCCUAGCCGGCCUCCGCCAUUUGGCCAACCAUCCAACGACUACAACUCGGCGCCGCAGACCUUCACAUUUGUGCCCACGACAGAGGAACAAUGGCCCUCUGGGGUGUCAGUAUCUUCGGUUCCAGUGUCCUCCGUCUCGGUUCCCUCGGUCGUUUCCAGCCCUUGCUCUUCCCCGAGCCACCCCGACGAAGCCUUCAUCCCGGCCUAUAUCCCGACCAGCAUGCCGACCAUGAUGGAAGGGAAUGUGAUCACGCCCACUUCUAUGCCCUGCAUGGAUGCUGCCGCUACGAAACUGGAGUUUGAACAACGAGAUAUUGAUCCAGGUACAACGACGAGCCGUGGGGCCGAUCAAAUUCCAGAGUCAUGGCCAAACGCUAACAGCAAGGUGUCAUCAGCAGCAGACCAUGGCUAUCCUAAUCCCAAUGUAUCGCAGCCAGCUGCAGGAUACAUCACACCUCAACCGUGGUCCGCGACGAUGUAUCCUUCUUACUACCAGCCGCAGCCACAUGGACUGCCACAGGCUGCUGGUCUAUGAAUGGCUCUCACGGUGACCGGAUCACCCAAGAAGACCUUUCAUCACCCACCCUACGCCACUCAUCACUUGCCGCCACCUGCAGUAGUGGACAAACCUUCGUUCCUUAAUCGGCCCCAAGCACGUCAACGCUCCCGGGAUUGGGUGAAAACACCCAGACGAUGCAUAAUCUGGCAGCGAUAUCUGACAUGGCCACAUACUGCCGGUUGAUAUGUGGGCCACCCUGUCACGCCAGCAGCGGGUGAAAUAUUGGGCGACAGCGAUCGCCCCCAGAAGGGGAAAACAGGGCCGUCUCAGCACUUUGCUUGGAGUUUUUGGGUUUGUUUUCUCAAGAAUAGGAGUCUUGCAGGCGGACACAAACACCGGAACCAACAUAGACAUGCAGCAUUGGCACACGCUCAGGUUUUUCGCUUUGUUCUGCAUAACAUGGAAUGGAUAUUGGACGGAUAAAUUUCGGGACACAAAAAGCACUGCUACCUUAAUCUCUAUACCCUCAGUAAUUCUUUUCUUUCUUCAACAAACUUUACAACAUGGCGUUUUUGGUUGUUUUUUUUCUUUUUUUUUUCUUUUUUUUUUUUUUUUUUUUUUUACUAACAGGGUAAGAGAAAAGGCCCCAAACUUCAUUCUAUAUCAGUAUAAAGGAGUGUUUAUAGACAUUAAAGCUGUUCAUGUCAAAGUAGAUACGUCAUUUCAUACAUCAGGUGUUGUUAAGAAAAGACUAUUGUGGUUUUUCAGCAAGGGGACGACCUGUUUCCACAGCAAAAUGUGCAUACAUCAUAAACUACACAUACCAGA